AUGGCAACGACACCACUUGACCCCCCUCUGCCGGGUUCCUCAUUCUUCGACAUCUACAAUGAUGGCGUUGCCCAGCGCAGCCCCGUCCCUCUGCCCGGAGGAGCCUGCAACUACGUGGACUUGACGCCCGGUGCUAGUGGAGCCAAGUGUGGAUGCCGUCGUUUCUGGAGCCGUUUCGCCGUUGGGAGGAUGUAUACGGAUAACCUGGGUACUGACAACUCCGUUUGGUGUAUGUGUUCGCAUCACGCCUGCUUUCACGAUGACGGACGCGCCGCGAGCGAAGCGCCGGCGCCCGCAUUCAUCCCCACGCCUGUAGCGCAGGUUGUCGGCCAUGAGAACGAGAGACCAAAGAUGCCCAGAGAGCCCCUCAGUCCCGUCCAGCUGCCGGAUAUGUCCUUUCGGAUGCCUGCAGGAUUCGCGCCGACCAUGGAAUUCAUGAACCUGGAUACUGCCAUGAUACUAUCCCCAAACAAAUCCAAGGAACCCAGGCCUCUUCGACAGGAUGAUUCUACACCUCGUCCGGAAUCGACUCUUCAGGACACGUUAAGCUGGGGCGAUUUCGUCCAGUCCCAGCCCGGACAUACUGCGUUACCGCCCAUACCGGCCCAGUGUCUAAUGCAAUCUCAGCCCAGCUCCGCAGCAUCAUCCAGUCAGGCCCGUUACCUUCGUCCGUUUGCUGGGAAAGGCCUCCAGACACUAAGUGGUGUUGCUGCAUCUCAUAUGCGAUCUCCACAAAGGGACACGUUCCACGACGCUAAUACAGCCACCGAACAUGAUCAAUCGGCCAAGGACGAUACCGGGACAGCGGCUCCUCACAGCGAGCACGGCGAGGAUACUCUUAGGGCUCCGCAAUUUCCUUGCGCCGUUGAAAAAGUUGACGCCGUAUUUGCUGGACCUUCCCGAGAUACCUUUCGACACCUUUCCGAUACUGUUCAAGGACACGAACACCGGCUCGAGAGGCUGGAAAAUGUUUCCUUCUCCGCUGCUGGCCACGAGGAGUGCCACGAGAAGCACGACGCUACUGACCUCCGCGUGACUGACCUUGAAGUCCGCGUCGAGGAGGUUGAAAAGCUCAUGAACGAUAAUGGUAGUACUACAGUCCACCGUGCCGACCGCCAAACAUUUGACGAGUCUACCAACAGUGUCCUCUCAGUUGCGACCAGCACCACCACUGCCCGGGCCGGCCACUCGGGCGAGAUACUCGGUCAGAUUGAAUCCUUGCAGGCUCAGAUUUCCCAGCUUCAGUCGCUACUUCCUACGACUGCUCGACCUUGGGAAAUCGAGGUUGUGUUUCUACCUUUCCCAUUGAAGAAGAUCUGGCAGGAGCUUUUGGAUUUCAAGUCGGAUGGUCCGUCGAGCUUGGACGAGUGGACACAAAUGCCCAACACCAUGAGUUCCGCGACUCUGAGGGCACAGUCGCCCUUUUGCGCCGAGUGGGCUGAUCCCGGCCAUGACUAUGAAUGGCUGAUGGCCAAGGCGUGUAGUCCUACGAGCAUCAUCAACAAGAGACUGGAAAGCCGCGGCCUCGUGCGAACUAUCUCCGUCAAGGGAUCCGAUGCCAGAAGUGUACAGGCCGCAAUGCACGCUGCCUUUGGUACCACCUUUUCCGAGCUAUCGGACAGCUCACGUUCGACUUCACGACAGCGCAGUCUUGACAGCAAGACGAGCCGCUUUUUGGGCUUACAACAACCAUGGGUUCCCCUCCGCAAGAUUCACAAAGACUCACGACUCCGAUUCUUGACCCCGGCAGAGAUGAUCACGCCUGCUAUCUGGGAUGUCUCGUUUCUCAAUUCGGUCAUCAUGCGGUCCUCCGAGCCUCGUCUUUUCAUCACCCAACCGGAUGCCUAUCUCCAGGAUCUGCCCGCAUACGAGAGUGGCUGGAACUGGCAACGCCUCCGAGAGAUCAGCCGAUUUUACCCAGACUUACAUGCAACUGUACCCGAGGCUGAUGCACGAGAGGACUACUGGGUGUGGAACGAUCAGCUCGACGAGACCCCAAGCGCACAGUCGUCUCUCAGCAUACGACAAGCCGGUCAGCGGGUGCCAGCUUCUCCUUCCUUACACCAAAUCGCGAUGCAAUCUUCAAUGCGGUCCUCUAGUCCCAUGAUAAACCGUGGCCAGACACCCGCGAAGGAGAGAAGAGCCUCCAAACUUCCGUUUAUCCGCACCGCCUCGCUACCUCCCGCAGUUCCGGCGACCUUUUCACCGUCGCAGCAAAUAAAACGUCGCGUGUCGUCCUUCGGACAACAAAGAGCAGCUAUUCAUAUGCGAACCAGCCCUCCAAAUAUUUCAACAGCUUACAAACGACGCCGAACCCGAUCUCCAAGCCGUCCCCUUAAUACGCCGCGCUGGACCAUAUCGCCAAGUCCUAUGCCUGGUGUGAUACCCUCCGAAGAGCGCCACCCAUCGACUCGCGGUAUCACGCCACACUACUACGCUACGCCAUACAGCAACGCGCCUCUAACUGAGACACGUCCGCGCGGUUCGGGCGGUAUCGUGGACGGUUCUCCCACGGAAGAUGACGAAAACCUGGACCCUGACUACGGAAGCACGAACCCGUAUGAUGACGACGAGGAGAGCAAUUACAGCGUCGAGAUGGUGGCUCAACCAGUACCAGUACAGGAACGCGAUUCAUCAUAUGCGCGGCAAAUCCAGUUGCCUGAGGAUGAGCCUUGGCCAGGCAUCGAGGACCAGGACCAUAUAUCGGACGGCGAGAAUAUCGACCCACUCUUCUCCCCGACAGCCGAAGACGAUGUCCACUCAGAAGUGAGCAGCCAGCCGUCUGAGUAUCCCAGUACUCAGCGCGGCUGGCAGGUCCCUGGCACCGAUGGUGAAGUCGGCUUCCGCAUUCACGAAGAUAACGAUCGGAUGCAAGGCUGGAACUAG